UCGUCCUACCCAUCGACGCCUUCAGCAAUCUUUGAGAAUCCUGGUGUAUUUGAAAAGUUCGGGACAGAUUGUCUUUUCUUUAUCUUCUACUAUGCUCAAGGAACAUACCAGCAAUAUUUGGCAGCUCGUGAGUUGAAGAAACAAAGCUGGCGCUUCCACAAGAAGUACAUGACUUGGUUUCAGCGGCAUGAAGAACCCAAGAUAACUACUGACGAGUACGAGCAAGGGACGUAUGUAUACUUUGAUUACGAGACAGGCUGGUGCACUCGAAUCAAGACAGACUUUCGUUUCGAAUAUUCUUUUUUGGAAGACACUCUACAGUAA